GGAUCCCUCCCCUUCCCGGUGCCUCAAGCAGAAGAACAUUCAUCAAGGAUUUGGCAUCCAAGGUCCAAACGUUUGUUAUCCAAGAUGAUGAAUGCUGACAUGGAUGCAGUUGAUGCUGAAAAUCAGGUGGAGCUGGAGGAAAAAACACGACUUAUUAAUCAAGUGUUGGAACUCCAACACACUCUUGAAGAUCUCUCUGUAAGAGUAGAUGCAGUUAAGGAAGAAAAUCUGAAGCUAAAAUCAGAAAACCAAGUUCUUGGACAAUAUAUAGAAAACCUCAUGUCAGCUUCUAGUGUUUUUCAAACAACUGAUACAAAAAGCAAAAGAAAGUAAGGGAUUUAUCCCUUCUGUUUCAUGGAA